AAUAAAAUUCUGGGUAAUUUUCUGUGCAGACCGCAGACGCCCGAUGCUGCCAUGUAAAACCAUCUUUAUGGAGGGAAAUUCAUAAAGAAAGAAGAAAGAGUCCAGAACGAUUCAACAGGUUAGAAUCGACCGGAACAUAUUGGAGAACGUCAAACGAAAUGGUUCUAAACAUAUAGACAGCAAAAAGAUGAUUAAAGUGAAUUAAAGUUUUAACGAAACAUGGAUCCGAGUAACGCAGAGUUCCUUGGCGAGAAGCAAUUGGUCAACAUAGUGCCGAAUUUCAAUUUGGACAUGAUUUAUCUGAUCUCGGGCUCAGUUGGACCGUUUCGCGCCGGUCUACCUGUCAAAGUGCCAAUUUGGCUUGCUGUAUGUCUCAAACAGAAACAGAAGUGUCGUAUAAUUGGCCAAGAAUGGAUGGAUAUCGAAAGUCUAAGUGAGAGGAAGGAGAUGGAAAAGAUGUCCAAGUUGUUUACGGAGAUGCCGAGUAAUCAUUAUAUAGAUGAGAGUCAAAUCUUACUAAACGUGGCAAACGAUGAUAUACCUGAUGCAGAUUGUAUAAGGACAUCUGUAAAGGACAUAUGGGAUAUAAGAAUGUCUAAAUUGCGGACAUCUGUUGAUGCUUUUGUGAAGAGUGAAGGAGUGCAUGCAAGACUGGAUCAUCUUACUGCGAUGGAAAUUAAUAGUAUACGUCCAUUGCUGCCACAUUCAUUAGAUCAAAUGUUACGGAUACAAUCUGCAAAUACAGGAGAAACUAAUUCCCAAUACAGUGGAAGUAUGUAACAGGAAAAAGAUCCACUUUAACUCGAAUAAACAUGGUGUCAUCUUUGACGAAGUGUCGCUUCUUCACCAUCUCAUGGGACACGAACCUUGGGAAGCCAAAACCGAGAGAAUCUGGCUCGCGACUUGGCCGUUGAAAGUUCUUCCACGUCGGGUCAGGUAUGAAACUUUCCACAAUGUUGCAGGCCUUCUCCGCAAUGACUGUCUGAUCGAACAUCGUGAAUGAUACGCUGUGCGAGAACGGCCAUCGUAGAAGCGCGUCGUACUCACCGGGCAGGAUUUUUAUAUAUAUCGAGAUGUGGCUGCCUUCUCCGGUCCCGUUUCCGUUUAAAAAAAUCGAGGCCUGUACGAUCGAAAAGUUCUUUUAGUAAACUGACACUCGAUAUAUUUUGUAAUUUCCUAGUCUUAGCUAUAAACAAUACACAAACGCGCGAAAGACAUUUAUUAAGACUAAAAAAAGUUCAUAAAAUGAACAAAUUAAAAAUCUCUAUGUUAUUUUAAAGAUUUUAAAUCGUGGAAAAUAAUGAAUAGGUAUAUAAUGAUUGUUUAUAUAAUAUUCCACAUACUUGUAAUUUAUAUCCAUAUUGACUAGUAUAAAAAGGUGGACUAA